UUCAAUCUGUCCGGAGCGCGAGCGAGCAGCGUCACACCACGUUGAAGAGACUACAGAGAGUGGCUCGCGCGCGGCAUGGACGAGGAGAUGCUGUCUGCGGACGAGGGACUCGGCGUGUGCGCGCGGCAACGGAGCCCGUACAGCGCCCUCAGAACGCUCGCGAGCAAGCGCGCGAUUGUAAGGGCGAGGCGAGACAGACCAACCAUGGUGGACAUCCCGCAGGCGGGGGACGGCGCAGGGCGCGCGCAACAGCAGCAGCAGCAGCUCGCGACCGGCCCGCCGUACACGCACCAGCAGCACCAACUGCAGCUGCAGCGCCUCCCCUGCGACGCGAGCGCGAGGCCCAGCAGCGUCGGCGGAGCACCGGGAAGCUCCGUGCCACCCCCACUCUUCUGCGGCCGCAGGAGGGUCACACAGCCCGCGGGCCGCGCGGAGAUCAGCCACGAAGCUCCAGACUGCAGCUACGGCAUCAGCCCCGAAAACCGGCUGAUCCUGGACGCGUUUGCGCAGCAGUGCAGUCGUGUUUUGAGCCUGCUGAACGGUAAUGGAAGACUUUUGGCUCCCCCGCCAGCCCUCAGCCCACCAUCCUCCUCUAUUUCCACUGUCAUCAAGCAGGAGGUUGGCUGCCAGUCUGAGAGUGAGCCGCUGGAGUCCAAGCCCAGGCCAGAAGAUCUGGACGUGUCAGUGGCCCAAGAAUCGUCCCAGAGAGGUGGGGAGCAGUUUAACCAGCAUCAGACCUCCUCCCUCCUGCAGGUCUUCACAGAGUCCCUGCAGAACUACCUGCUGGCUGGAGCUCAGGCAACACAGGGAGAGUCCCGCCUCCAGCCUGACCGCCAGCCUUCUGCCUCUGGGUCACCCCCACACAACCUGGGCGGCUGGAGCUCGCCAGCACCCUCAGAAUCAUACGGACACCCUUCCUCCACGUUGCCCGAGGAUGAUGAGGAAGAGGAAGGUUGCUGUCCACGCUGCAUGGAGCUGGAGCAGGAGGUCCUGAGCCUGCAACAAGAAAACGAGGAGCUCCGGCACAAACUGGAGAGUUUCCCAGCACCAUGUCAGACAGUGUUGGACUACUUUAAGACGGUCCUGCAGCACUACAACCAGUUCGCACCACCUCCCGUUCAAGAGGAGCAGCUUACGGAGGUUAGCGAUCCAGACACUGGGCCAGAUGGCAGUAAGCAGCUGUUGGGGAACUACCCCCUAUUCAUCUCCAACAAACAGUGGGACGAGGCAGUGAAUUCGUCGAAGAAGGACGGUCGGCGGCUGCUACGUUACCUCAUCCGCUUCGUCUUCACCACAGACGAGCUGAAGUUCUCGUGCGGUUUGGGGAAAAGGAAGCGUUCCAUCAUGAACGAUGCUGGGCCAGAGAGACGGCCUCUCAACCCCAUCAAAGUCACCUGCCUGAGAGAGUUCAUCCGGAUGCACUGUGCGUCAAACCCGGACUGGUGGAUGCCGUCUGAGGAGCAGAUAAAUAAGGUGUUCAGUGAUGCAGUGGGUCACGCGCGUCAGGGCCGGGCCGUUGGAACCUUCAUGCCCUGCGGAGGAGGCAGUGGGAGUGGAAGCAGUAGCAGCGGCAGCAGUCUGUACAUGGAGGGCUAUGAUGGACAGCUGUCGCAGGACGAGCUCUACCUCAAGGGUUCACAGAACGGCCUGGGGGACUAAAGCUCGCUGAGGAGGACUUCAACCAGCAGGCUGUUCUGCAGAGCACACACUGCAUAGUUGGACUGUUGUAGCUACAUGGCCUAAAGGUUCCAUCACUGGUUCUGUCACUGAUUGUUGAAUCCAUGAUGUUACCACGGCCUGGAAUGAUCACAAAGCUGCAUUUCUCAGUAAGCUGGAUUACAGUUAAUCGGCCAUAAAUUAAAAUGACACCGUUUUCCGCUGACCCCAAAUCUAGUUGAUCAGUUUGGUAUUUGAAGAUUGAAUCUUUAGUUUUGCACCGGAGCUAUGAUGCAAACUAAGCUAACAAGUAAUGACCACCAGAUUAGCAUUGUGUAAAUUGCAUGCCUACAUCAUCACACUCUCAGCCUCAAACUAUGUUGAGACAAACAGACUUGCAUGUGUGGUUUUUGACAGGGUAUCACAUUCUGUUCUAUCUAUCUAAAUCUAUCUGUACAAAAGUACAGACAGAAUUUAGGCUUUGAGAUGCCUGCUACUGCUGCUUUUGAGCUAUAUGACAGGCUUUUGUCCAUUGUAUAGAUAAUACUGUGUCAUACAGUACUGUGCAAAAUCAGGGACUUUUCAUUUAUUGAAUUUCCAGUCAAAACGGCCAUUAAGCUAUAAAUUUUUCAGUGUCAGAAAAAAAGAAAAAACAUAUUUAACAGAAAAUUACCUCAGAAAAAGCCUCAACAUCUAAAUAUAAUAGUUUUUCUGUAUGUAGUGUGUCCAGUUUUUGCCUUUAGUAAUUCUAGGUUUUCAAAGAAAUCUGCAGGGAUCUUUUUUAGUCUUAGAAGUUGCUUGUAUUUUCUGCUUCUCACAAGCAGCAUUUAGACUCAGAAUUAAGAUGAAUUUAGACUCAUGAGUCCAUAUAACUCUACCAGGUCUUGCACACUUGUUAGAGUCGCAUUUUCUCCUUCUUUUAAUCAUUUUUUUGAAGUUCACUUUUGGAAACUUGUCUUUUUUUACUUGAUUUCAUUUGACUUUCCUUAUGCAAAUGGAUUUUCUUAUAUCUAAUAUCUUCAUGAAUAUCUUUAGAUGCACAGGGGAAACAAACUUGCAAGGCAGCUAAUAUGUGUGUUUGGGUAGUUGUGUGUGUGACAAUUGAGUAGACAAAUUAAGUGCUGAUAGAUUUUGAUAUUAGGCUUAAUGUUGGAGGCUGUUGUGUAAAAUUCUGUUUAAAAAAGCUGGAAACCUUUUUCUGACGUUGGAAAAUGAAUAACUAAAUUGCUGUUUUGCCUGGAAAUUAAAUAAACCAAAGGGUGCUCAGUCUUUUGCACAGUACUGUUUAUCAGCCGCAUAUUUCCAGUACAAUACUAAAGAAUUAAGCGGACACUGGACACAUCUUGACAUGUCAGUUACAACAAUUAAAACUGUUAACGUUACAUUUUGGCUGAACCGUCUUUUCAAGUCAAAAGUGAAAACGGCCUGACAGGAAUGUCUUCGACUUCAUCUCCUAUUGGACAGGCUGGACUUUUGCUAGAAAUUAUCUGGUUAACUGAGAAAUCCUGCUUGGUGAAAUGCCCCCUGAUGAGACAAAUAAGCAAGCAGACAAACAAAAAUAAUCAUAUGCUUUCCAGACACCUCCUCCCCCACACCCUGCGUCAAUCUCCCACCAUCAGUCCAGCAGUAGCCUUUUUUACCAAUAUAUACUCUACAGUCUGCAGUGUUAGCUCAGUUAUUCUUACUUGCUUGCUGUACUAUUGUAGCAUUGUACAUACUGUUAAAGCCAAGAGUUUUCUCAUGCAGAUCAUCGCUGAGGGAAGCGUGGUAUUGAGAGCAUGUGGUGAAAUAUGACAGGGAGAAAUACAUAAAACGUCAAAUCACAACAUUCAUAUCUCUUACUACAUAAAUUGGGCAUAAUAUGAUAAAAUAUAUUUUAGUUAAGAAUGUGAUAGAGAAAUAAAUAUGAAUGUAUUAAUUGUAAUGAUGUUCAUUGUAAAUAGGGAAGCGAGCUUCCUAGUGUCAGAGUCUAUGUGUGCAUAAGCAUAACAUAUUAACAAGGUGCUAUUAUAAUGAUUCAUAAUAGACAAUGAAUAACAUAUCAGUGAAAUUAUUCAUAGACGGAAAGUCAAGGUGCCAUCUUUUGUUCUGUUGUCAGAUGUUGAAUGUUGUGGUAAAAUCAGUUUCAUGGUCAAUAUUUGAUGGAAUCUGUCCAUGUUUGUGAAUAUGGAAGUGAGGCUAGAAUGUUGAUGUGCAUAGAUGGCUAGGUAAGCUCUAAUUUAAGCCUUAGGGGAAGAUCCAUAAUAAUGAUUAUGCUGGUUCUUACAUGUUAUACAGAUAUUUAAUGGAGAGAAAGGAAACUGGCUCAAUCUGCUGGUGAACUGCAAAGAUCUGUAUUCUAAACAUACGAUGUGGACUUAUUUGGGGGUGAGUGUACAAAGGCCAUUCAUGCAUAAGGACAAUUUUGAGAUGCCUUAAACAGAGACAACGUCCACCACUCAGUACUUCAAAUACUGCCAAUUUCUGACUGUUGCCAGUCUGCUGGGACUUUACCACUGCUGAAGCUUCUGGCUGACCUUAUUGUUUUGUUUUGUUUUGUUUUUGUUUUUUAAAUAGAGCUAGCCAGAAUAAUUGGGUACAAAAUGAGCUAUAUCCUCGUUCUGAGGCCUUAGCCAAGAAGGACUGUCUAAGCCUGUGUUGCUGUGUUCUGUAGCCAACUUUGUUGUGGUUGUGUAUAUCCGUGGUAGCUUGGUUAGUUACCCUGUUAUAGGAAUUCUGUGGGCACUGUGAAACCAUAAAUUGUUGUUUGUCCUUAAUGUCAAUAGAAUAUUCCUUCAUGA